AAAGUGUGAAGUCCGUUCCCAUGCCUUUAUCCAGAUGCCUGACCUUGAGUUCCAUCGUUUGGUUCUUCUAUGGCUGUUUUUCUCACGAUUAUUCCAUCGUUAUGGCAAGUGUACUAGGUUGUUUGUUGAGUGUUGCACAGAUCAUCCUCUACAGGAAAUGGAAUGGAAGUGGUGAUGAUGAGAGAGAAAGGGUGGCAAUAGCAUCAAAAACUCGUGAGAACAAUAAGGAUACAUUGGACGACGAGGUAUUGCAGGUGAUAGACAUUGCUGUGAGGAAGGUAAAAGUUCGCAAAUCAGACAACAGUAAUGAGGAAGAAGAAAAUGCUACGAGGGUGGAGUUGGAAGCUACUGAGACUGUUGAGUUGCAGAAUAUUGCUGUGACAGGAAACGACUCAGUAAUGGAUAGUGAGAUCCAUUCGGUGGUGGAACCAGAAAUUGUUGAAGUCUUGGACAAACCAAAAUAUGCUAUGCUGGAUCGUGCACCCUCUAAGCUUAGUUGAUUGAAGAUUCGUUUUAAUCAUUUUGCCCUUGAGUAAUGUUUUUAAACACCCAUUCUUUCAAGAACUUAAACCACAUUCAUUAUUUAUUUA